ACUGCAUCGCUCGGCUCAUACCUGAAACACUUUGCUUCACAUUUACCUGACAGAACUUACCGUUGUUCAUCACCAUGAAGACUCUCCUGGUGCUCUCCGUUCUCCUCUGCGCUUCAUUUGCAGCUCCGGCUGAAGACAAAGUGAAGGCUCCAGAAGCAGCAGUGGAGGCCCUGAAGGAACAGAUAGUAGCUGUACAUGAGUUGGAGGAGAAGAUGAAGAAAGAUGAGGAAGUAUCUGUGCCAGAAGAUUCUGUCGCUGUUCCGAGAAACGCACCUGAGGAGGCAGCAGCACCUGAAUCUCGUUAUAACUUCUGUCCAAACGGCUGGUUCAGCCAUGGCUCUCGCUGCUUCCUGUUCGUCAGUACUCCCAUGACCUGGUACAGCGCUGAGGAGCACUGCAACAAUCUGGGUGGCCACCUGGCCUCGGCCACCAACCCCAGAGAGUACAGCUUCCUCCAGCAGAUGACACAGACAGCUGGUCAGAGCAUCGCAUGGAUGGGAGGCUUCAGCCUGCAGGGCCGGUGGAUGUGGAUUGACCGUGAGGGUUUCUAUUACACCAACUGGUACUCCCAGUCCUCCUCCAGCAGCUACCCCUGCAUCCACCUACGCAGCUCCUAUGGUUGGGGUAACACCCAGUGUGGCUCUGCUUACCGCUUCAUCUGCUCCAAGAACCCUUUCAGCUGUUAACAUACAUUCUAAACAUCUGAGGCCUUGGAACGGAUCAGCUGGUGUUUAUUUACUGUUUAAGGACAACUCAUGAGUUCUGUUGAGUGUCUUACUGAAUGAUAGAUUUCUAUUGUGUAUUCUUCAAAGUGUGAAGAUGACGAAGUGUUAAGUAACUUUGGUGUCAAAGAUUUUUGUGUUUGUGAUUGUGACAGUUGGUUCUUUCCCAUAAUAAAGACUUAUGAGAAUAGG